AUGCUCCCUCCCCCAAAGCUCAGCAGGGCCGCAUCCUUUGCCAUAAAUUCGACGCCCACCCUCACACCCGGAUCCACAUGGGGUCCAGCAGCCGCGUCCGCAGCAGCCGCAAGGGCACACGCCGCAGAGCCAGGCCGCAUCGGCGACCUCAAACGCUUCACCCUCUGGGAGACAAAGACCCGCUUCUACCUCGUCGCCUACAACACCUCCCAGACACGCUUCCGCAUCCUCAAGGUAGACCGCACCCCGCCCAUCGCAGCCGCAGCACAGCCACAACACCACCACCACCCGCCCUCUUCCCACCAUCACCAUCACCCUCCCUCAACCGCACCACCUUCUAGCAGCGGCGACACACAGCACAUCGCCGCAAACGCCGGCGCAGACCACCGUGCACCCUCGACCGAGCGCGCCGGUACCCUCGCCGAAGCCAGCAGGCGGAGCGGGACAGCAGAAAAGGGCGCCCAGCCGACCGCAGCCGUCGCCGCCGCGCCUUCGACCGACAAGCACCCAUCCAACCUCUCGGCCAGCGGGCAGAGGUACAUCGCAGAAGACGACCCUUCCAUCCCCCUUCUCAACAAGGCCGCCCUGGACACCAGGCAGCCAGAGGCCAUCGCCUCAACCGCCGCCAGAGACUCUCAGCAAGCUGCAGCCGCUGCGCAGGCCACCCAGUCUGUUCUCGGCCUCGGCUCGUCGUCGUCGACGGCGGCGGCGGCCAGCAGCGCAGGCAGCUCCCGCAUCCAGGGCUCGGCGGCUAGCGGCCCCCCUGCCGCCGGCGCACCUGCGCACCUCGGCGACGCCAUCCCGCCAUCUUCUGCCUCUACGCACCCUGCCCACUCGUCCGCCUCGCGCCGCCACGCCUCGCGCCAGUAUCCGCCCGCCAGCGCCGACGCCGACUGGGAGCUCAACGUCACCUCGGACACGGUUGUCUACACCCGCACCCAGGUCACCGAGCUGCUCGACAUGAUCCGCGAGGGCAAUCGCGCAUCCGGCGGCCUCAAAGAGGUCGGCCGCUUCUUUGGCAUCGUCGGCUUCGUGCGCUUCACCAGCACCUACCACAUGGUCCUCAUCAGCCGCCGCAGCGUCGUCGCCCUCAUCGGCGGCCACUACAUCUACCACUGCGACGAGACCGUCACGCUGCCCGUGUGCCACCCCACCGUCAUGGCCGCCCUGCCCGGGCGCACAAAGGCCCACGACCAGGAAGAGGCUCGGCUGCUCCACCUCUUCAAGCAGGUCGACCUCGGCAAGAACUUCUACUUUAGCUACACGUACGACCUCACCAAGACGCUCCAGGACAACCUCACGGCCGGGCCGCAGGAGCCGGCGGGUCAGCAGCGAGCGCAGACGGCAGCGACGACGGCGACGACGACCGCCUGGGGUUACAACGAAAAGUUCAUCUGGAACCACCACCUGCUGCUGCCGGCCUUUGGAGAGUCGGAACGCUCGGGCUCGGGCUCGGGUUCGCAAUCCGACGCCGACGCCCGCAACGGCUGGGUGCUGCCGCUCGUCUACGGCUUCGUCGACCAGGCCAAGCUGGGCGUGCUCAGCAGGACCGUCUACGUGACCCUCAUCGCCCGCCGCUCGAGGCACUUUGCCGGCGCGCGCUUCCUCAAGCGCGGCGUCAACGAGCGAGGCCAGGUGGCCAACGACGUCGAGACCGAGCAGAUUGUCAGCGAGGCCCUCACCACGCCCUUUUUCGCUCCGGCGAAGCGGCCCGGGCCCACCCGGCGGCAGCAGCGGCGAAACGACGCCGAGAUCGGCGACGCCGAGUCGCGCUACGACGCCUCGCCGCGCUACACAUCGUACGUCAUGAUGCGCGGCAGCAUCCCCGUCUUCUGGACGCAGGACUCGACCAACAUGUCGCCGCGACCGCCCAUCGAGAUCAGCCUGGUGGACCCCUUCUACUCGGCCGCCGCGCUCCACUUUGACGACCUCUUCCACCGCUACGGCACGCCCGUCAUUGUCCUCAACCUCAUCAAGAGCAAGGAGAAGCAGGAGCGCGAGGUCAAGCUGCUGCGCGCGUUUGGCGAGUGCAUCGAAUACCUCAACCAGUUCCUGCCCGCGGCGCAGCGCAUCCGCCACAUUGCGUGGGACAUGUCGCGCGCCAGCAAGAGCCACGACCAGGACGUCAUCGGCAUCCUCGAGGACAUUGCCGAAGAGUCGGUCGAGACGACGCGCUUCUUCCACUCGGGGCCCCAGCCGGGCGGCAGCGGCGGCGGCGGCGCCCCGGUCUUCGCGGCCGGCCACGACUCGGAUGCCGAAGGCGCGUCGACCGAACACGAUCACGCCGCGGCGGCGCACGGCCACGCCCGCCGGCGCGACACGAUCCUGCUACAGGACGGCGUGGUCCGCGUCAACUGCGUCGACUGCCUCGACCGCACCAACGCGGCCCAGUUUGUCAUUGGCAAGGCCGCGUUCGGCCACCAGCUGCACGCGCUCGGCCUGCUCGACGACCCGAGCCUGCCGUUCGACUCGGACGCGGUCAACAUGCUCACCGAGAUGUACCACGACCUCGGCGACACGAUCGCCAUGCAGUACGGCGGCUCGGCGCUCGCCCACACCACCGACACAUACCGCAAGAUCAAUCAGUGGACGUCGCACUCGCGCGACGUCCUCGAGAGCAUGAAGCGCUUCUACGCCAACUCGUUUGCCGACGCAGACAAGCAGGCCGCCAUCAACCUCUUCCUCGGCGUCGAUGCACCCGACUUUGCGCCGUACGUCUUUGCCGAAAAGGUGGUGGGCGCCGUCGACGCUGCAGACGAGGGUCAAGCGACGUCGGCGUCAUCGACGACGAUGGCGGUGCCCUUCCGGCCCCACUACCGCCAGUGGUUCACGCCGGCUCAUCUGGCGCCCAACCGCACCGUCGCGACGCGUGCCCGGCGGCUGAGGGAGGUGGCCAACACCGACGCCGGCUUCUGGGCCGAGUACUACCGGCCGAGCCUCUUUACCGACCUGCAGCGCCACCACGCCUACAAGAUGACGGCCGUCCACCAGAGCAUCAGCUACGGGCCCGGCUCGACGGCGGCGGUAGCGGCGGCGGCAGCGGGGGCCGGCUACGGACACGGGCACGGCCCAGGCCAGGGUCAUCCCAGCGCGGCGUACGGAGCCAUCGGGCGGCACAUGCGCAGCGCAUCGACCUCGAGCGGCGCAACGGCCACGGCGGCGGCGACGGCGGCAUCGCCCGUGACGGAAAAGGCCAGCGCGUCGGCCCACUACCCGAGCCCCUUUAAGCCCCACGGCGCGUCGAGCCAGCACCGUUCGACCGCUACUGCUGCUGCGGCAGUGGCGUCGUCCUCGUCGUCUGCCACGGCGGUCGAUGCGGCAUCGACGCGCCAACGGCACUUUAAGAGGCCCUCGAUCGAUAGCAACAGUGGCGGCGGUGGCGGCGGCGCAUCGCUGCCUCCCUCGCCCAGCGCCUCGUCCGUGACGACGAUGGCGACGACGACAGCCGUCGCCGCGCCGUCGAAAGCACUGAUUGGCGGCGUCAAGCGGUGGAUGUCGAUCAACCGACCCGGUCACCAUCACCACCUGGGCGGCAGGGACGCCAGCGGCGGCAGCAUGAAGCGCGGCGGGCGUCGGAGUGCGUCGAUGUCGAUGUCGAUGAGCGGCGGCGACGACGUUCAGGGCGGCGCGUCACGGUGGCAGCAAAGCGGCGGCGACACCGAAGACGUGGGUCGGCUGGGCCUGGGCCUGGGCCAGCGUCAGGCGGGCGUCGACGCGUCGUCGCAAGCCUUCAACUUUGCCGGGCCGUGGCAGGCCAUGGGCAUCGGGCUGGCGCCGCCCGCCGCCGCGCUGCCGUACCAGGCGAUACCGGCGGCGCACUACGCGCUCGAGGCGGUGCUGGCCAAGGUGUGCAAACCGUCGGUGUCGCACGACGAAGAGGCCGAGUACAGCUUCUACACGAGCCAGUUUCGAAACGAGUCGCUCACGGGCGCGGGCGCGGGCCCGGCGCUCGAUGAGUGGUCGAUCCGGAGGCACCAGGGUGAGACCUACGCCCCCAUCAACGGCGGCGGUGGAGGCGAGUCGAACCGGUUCAUCGAUGAGAAGGACGUGCGGAUCUACGAGGAGAGCGUGGCGCUCCAACGUGGCGAGGGGGUGGCGGUCGACGAGCUGUUGCGCAGCGGCAGCGCUCCGGGGGCAGGGGCGGGAGCGGGAUCCGGGUCCAGAUUUGUGGGCAGCAGCAGUGGUGGCGGCGGUGGCGGCGGUGGCGGUGGGAGCGGCGGUGUGGACCCGGUUCUGGUGGCGUACGUGUCGUCGUACGAGGCGCUGCUGGGCUCGACGUCGCUGCCGACGACGAACCUCGACGCCAAGGUGCGGGCUUACAGCUCGUGGUUGCAGAUGGGCUACUAA